ACCGUGCUGGCAGCUUGAAACUACAGACAGGUUUCCAUCUAGCACGUUUACUUGUGCUGCUUUAGCAACGACCAACGCAGCUCAAAGCAAAUGCUACCAGUGUAUGCUGGUCAUGAUAGCGUUCACAGUCGCCAUACGCGAAUAGGCACAACUGGUGGCACUUCAUCCCAAUUGCCCGGCGAGCCCCAAUACGGCUACUCCCCACAGCCGUCAAAGCUAUUAGCAGCACAGAGAAAAUGGAUUCGGACAGGAGUGCGCAUCUCGUUGCUGGCCUUGGUGCUACUGCCAGCCUUGUACUACCUGAGCGGGCGAGGAAACUCUGAGAAUUCCGCGCUGCAACGGAAUAGGAAGCUGCUCGAGUCGGAGGCAAAGUCCCUCAUCCCUGCGGCAUCACUGAAGAACCUAGUGCUCGUGGCGGGGCACGCCGUAUACACGGGUGUGGACUAUUCGGAGGCAAACAAGGAAGCCUCGUGGUUCCUUAAAGAAUACCAGAAGGUCAAUGGCGAGGCCCAGUCGUUCGUGGACCACAUCCGGCUUGGUGUUGAGGAGGCCGCGCUGGACCCGGACGCGCUGCUGCUGUUCAGCGGCGGCCAGACACGGCGGGCGGCGGGGCCGCGCAGUGAGGGCCUGAGCUACUGGGUGGUGGCGGAGGCGGCCAACUGGUUCGAGCACCCGGAGGUCCGCAACCGCACCUUCACGGAGGAGCACGCGCGCGACUCGUUUGAGAACCUGCUGUUCAGCCUGUGCAGGUUCUACGAGUUGGCCGGACACUACCCGGAGACCAUUACGGUGAUCAGCUACACGCUCAAGGAGGCCCGCUUCCGCACGCUGCACCGGGAGGCGGUGCGCUGGCCGGCCGAGUACUUCCGCUUCGUGGGCACACCCGUGCCGCCCGAGGCCAAGGGGGCCAAGCCGAAGCCAUAGGGGAAGGUGGGCACUGGCGGCAA